CAACAGACUUCCUGAAAAUGCCCGUGCCUCCCGUACAGCACAGGAAAGCUGAAAAACUCGGCAUGCAGGGGGAACAAAAUUCAGCAGGUUACCUAUAUCAACAUGAAAACAAGAGUGCUCAAAAGAGGAUAACCAUGACGUGACGCACUGCUCCAGUAGUCCUCCUCCUGUGUUCUGUGGUGUUUUAUUUAUUUUCCAUUUUGGAAACUAUCCUGCAAGGAUUAAAGAAUAGGAUUCAAGGUUCAUGGAUAUCAAACUGCAUUUUUUUUAUUGGAUGAGUACGUGUGUUCCUGUCACCACUACAAUCUCUGACACUAUUUUGGAGCAAAACUAGAUGGGACAUCCCUUUUAUUUUUCAUGUUCCUCAACCUUGUUUUUGGCAAGACAUGUUGUUUUAGUUGUCCACCUUGACAGAGUUUCCUUUUUAUUUUCUUAGCUGGACCAUUACCUCUGCUCUUUGUGCUUGUUUGUACCUGGUUUAUUAUACCCAUAAUCUGUGUUUAUUUUGAUUAAGUUGUUCGUUUUGUGUACUCUGACCUGAAGGCAGUGCAAUUUGUUAAUUGAAAUUGUGCUUACUAUUUUUAUUUAUGUGAAAACAGGAAAAUUGUUGAAGUAGCUUGUGAAAAUUCUUAAUAUGAAUAUUUAUGUAUGAUGCACACAGAAUUCAGUUUUGUUUCACCUUGACAAGAGACAUUUGCUUUUCUCAUUGUGACGAUUUCCCAGCCAUUGCAAUCAGGCAAAGACACAGUUGAGAAAAAAGCAAAUAAUCUAGUUAAAUCCACAUAUUUGUGUUAAGCAAAAUAUUAUAAUUUUGGGAGAUUAGCAAUGAUUAACUGGAAGUGUGCCUCUUAGAUUAUAGAAUCACAAGUUAAUGUGGUAAAAGUUAGUAGCAUGAUUGGACAUUGUUUCAUACAAAAAGCACUGAUGUGAGACAGAUUUAACACUAUCCGGGAUAGAAAAGCCUGCUGAAGUUUUUCUUUUUGAUUUGAAUAGACACCUGCUGACAAACUUACUGAAAAGCCCAUGGUGUGGGUUUAAAAAGCUGACACAUUAUUACUCCCAAUGACCAUCUUCAUAAACUCCUCGAAACAUGCAGUGCUUCUGUCCAGAACAAAUUCAUCUCACUAGAGUGUAAAGAGACCAAGAACAGGACUCUGCAUGAGGUGCACAAGCUGUCCACUCCAAACAUAUCCAUACCUGCACUGAACAUGCGCUCACCAGGCCCUGAGAGCCCAUCCAUGACCGAGGAGGCGCUACUGCAUGGACAGUUUGGCGGUUGGAGCAGCGGAGGGGGAAGUGGAAGUAACAGUAGCAGCUGCCCCAACAGCCCUGGAGGUGUUUCUUUGCCUUCCAGCCCUGCUUCCAACAGCUAUGCCCUGACCCUCACUCCCACACACAUCCAUGUCCAGCGGCUUUCUUCUCGCUCUGGGAAGCAGUCCAGGUUAUUGCUGCCCCUGGCUGAGCUGACUGGCUGCAGCUGUCCGCGGUCACCAGCUCCUCCUUUGCUGGUGCUUUACUGGUACCCUCCGGGUAAACGCCGGAAGGGUGUCUCCAGACACAGGCAGGUGAGAGCGUACUUGUCGGAGAGUAGAGCUGAGGUGGAGAAAUGGAAUGCUGCUAUACAUUGCCUGCUGAGGGGGAUGGAUGUCAGCUCCACUACAGAAUUUAGCAAAAGCAUGCUGCCUCGUCCCCGUCGACUGUUGCUGCUUGUAAAUCCAUUUAGUGGACGGGGUCAAGCAAUGCAGUGGUGUCAAACACACAUACUUCCAAUGAUCAGAGAAGCCAACAUCAGCUACAACCUUAUACAGACAGAGCAUCAGAAUCAUGCUCGUGAACUGAUUAGAGAGAUCUCGCUACCAGAAUGGGAUGGAAUCAUUAUUGUAUCGGGAGAUGGACUCUUGCAUGAGGUGAUAAAUGGCCUUAUGGAAAGGCCAGACUGGGAACAAGCUAUAAAAACUCCAGUGGGAAUUCUGCCGUGUGGGUCUGGGAAUGCACUUGCUGGUUCUAUCAACCACUAUGCAGGAUAUGACAUGUGCCUUCGGGAACCUCUCCUCCUCAACUGCUGUUUUCUGCUUUGCCGGGGUGGGGUCAAACCAAUGGACCUUGUCUCUGUUAUGACCAGCCCCAUUGCUUCAUCCACAUCCAAUCAGAACGGGAACUCACCUGCUCCCAGGAGGCUUUUUUCUUUCCUUUCUGUGGCAUGGGGUUUUGUGUCUGAUGUGGACAUUGAGAGUGAGCGCUACAGAGGGCUGGGCUCUGCACGGUUUACACUGGGAACACUGGUUAGAUUGGCUUCUCUACGAUCCUAUAAAGGACGACUUUCCUACUUGCCACCUUCUAUUUUCAAUCCAUCCCCAGAUGCCACACCUCAGCCUCCACGCAGGCCUCUUUCGCGCAGCAUUACGGAGGGUCUAGAGGGAUUUUGUCGCACACCCAUCCACCGGACCUGCUCCGACAUGGGCCUGAGUGAACAAAGAAGCCUCCGAAAAGGAGAUGGGGAGAGCGAGAGGGAGAGGCAAGAGCGAGAGAGGGAGAGGCAAGAGAGGGAGAGGGAGAGGGAAAGGAGGAGAGAGAGGGCAAGGGGCAUAGGAGUAGUGAGAGCUAGCAGCCUAGCAGAGGACAGAGAAAGGGAGAUGGAAGCGGAAGAGAAAAUGGAGACAUCAGGGACCAGCUCAGAAUAUAAUGGAAAGGAGGAGUGUGAAAAUAUAGCCAGUAAUGAUGUAGCAAAUAAAUGGGAAACAAGAGAACUUGAAGGGAAUGAGUUGAGUGAGAAAGAUGGGGUUGAUGAAGAAAAGGGGGUAAAUGAGUGUGUAGGGAGUUAUCAGACCACGCCACCUGACCAGCAACAUGCACCGCAGAAACAUUCUCCACCCUCGAACCAGAUCAUUAAUGCCUUCUUCAGCCAGCCAAUCGAUGGUGACACUGACCAAGACUUGGAGCUGGCAGCCUAUGGGAAGGAGGAUGAAGAUCAAAAUGGCACCUACUUUCAGAGAGAGGCGUAUCCACUGGACAAGUCUCGCGAGCGAGCCCUUACCAUCUCUUCAUCUCCAUUCCGUCAGUCUCCUUUUAAAUCUUUCAAAACUAAAACUUUGGACCAGAACCCCUCACGGCCACGCCCCCUCUCCCUCCUGCACCAAUCUCAUUCAAACUCUCUACCACCCAAAUUCCCAUCCCUUUCUCUGUCCCUCUCACCAACCCCUCCUUCAUCUCCAUCUUGCGCUUCUCCCCAUUCUUCUUAUCUCACCCCACGUCCGAACACCCCUAGCUCCUCUUCCUCAUCACCCUCCUUUCACUCACCAACCCCGUCCUUCAACUUUGAUCUCGCUGAGCCUGCAGGGCCCUUGAAGAACUGCCCUAACAUGACAUCCUCCAUUAACCUGCCAGAGGAUGACCUGCUACCUCCUCUGGACCAGCCCCUACCUACAAGAGACUGGGUCACGAUUGAGGGUGACUUUGUCUUGGUUCUUGCCAUCUACCAGUCCCACCUGGGAGCAGAUCUUUUUGCUGCUCCUCAGGCCCGAUUUGACGAUGGGUUGAUCCAUCUGACGUUUGUGCGGGCUGGGAUCUCCCGGGCAACCCUGUUGAGACUGUUCCUAGCAAUGGAGAGAGGAGCCCAUUUGUCUCUUACCUCUCCCUAUGUUAGUCAUGUUUCUGCUCGGGCUUUCCGUCUUCAGCCACUUUCACCUCGAGGAACACUCACAGUAGAUGGGGAGCUGGUGCCCUAUGGUCCUCUGCAGGCACAGGUUCAUCCCUCCAUAGCCCGUUUGAUUGUCGGUGACUCUGGAGUAAAGAUUACAAGAUUCUGACCUGUUUGGAUUUGCCCAGGCAGGGAUUAACAUCAUGAUCUGGGUUACAUAACAUUUUGCCAUCCACAUACUGGGGGAGAGACAAACAGCCAGCCAGUAGUUGCAAUCACUGGUUUUACUAGGAUUAACCAAGGGAUUUCUUAUUCCAGCUGCAUAUGCAAGGAGUAUUUUUGAAUUCAACGAAGGGAUGAAAAUUUGCAGCCUAUUGCAUGACUGUAGGAUUACCACUUGGAUUACCCUCACUUGAGCCUGAGAGAGAGAGAAAACGGCAAUGUCUGGAAAAAUGUGGAAAUGGCGGAACUGAAUGUUUCAAACUGGUGUAUACAUUUUAGUAUGCAUUUGUGCAUAGAUUCUCAACAGUACUACUGCCUUAUUUCAGAGAAUGAGAAGUCACAGACAGAACACUAAAAACAAUGCAGGCUUUUAGGUUUGCUAAUUGCUUCACCCAUAUCGCACAAUAGGUACCCCUGGAAUGCAUUAUUUUUCUUUGAUUCCCCCACACACACAAACACACACACACACAAUUUACCUACUCCAUUAGUAUCACUUAAUCCAAAGACCUAAUUUAGCAAAGCUGUAUCUACAUUCUCCAUCCAGCUCUUUGGAAUCCUUCCAUUGGUUUGUGGGACUAAUCAGAAAUGUAAUCAGUUUUCUCUUGCGUCCUUGCAAACUUUUAUGCUUUGAGCAGAAUUAUGACAACAAUGGUAUUUUUGCCGGGUAUUUUUAGGACACAAUCAUUGUGUUGAUUGAGUAGAACAGUUAAAUGUGGACCGUUAUGCUAAAUAUUGCAUUGCUAGUUUGUGUAUGAAAAGCAUGCAAUGGCCAUUAUAUUGUUAGGUAGCUAGCUAUAUGCAUUGCAAAGAACACUGAAAGCAAACUUUUUUUUUUUGGAUGAUUUGCAUUAAAUUUGCUCUCAGCUGUCAAGGUGUUUUGGUGUUGCUUUGAUAAAUCGGCAGCAGGGCUGCCAAAUCUGUCAAUCUUUUAAUUGCUUGACAGUCAAUCAUGGUUUGGAGAAAAGGCAGGAGGGCCUGGUAGUGGUUUUCGUCUCCUGGUAAUGUGGAAGUCAUGCUAAUUUUCAUAGGAAUAUUUGCAUAAAGUUUACUAACUUUCAGGCAAAUUUAAGUAAAACAUUUUUAUGUUUGAGGACUGGUGAUUGUGUCUCUUUUUCCCUCAAAUUAUAUAACGCUCAGUUUUCAUGCAGUGAAGAACUGGAGGAUCUAAAUCAAUGGAUAAAGCACCUUUUAACCCAGUCCUCUAAAAAAAAUUAUAUUAAAUAUUAGGUAAGGACUAUUUAAUCGUUUUGUAAUAAGUAACUGAAUUUUUUGCCUAUUUCUUUCAGACCAUAGUUUAAGAGUCACUAGAGACAUAUUGUUCAGCUUUGUGGAAAGCCCAGCUGUGGAGCUGACUAUGAUUGUAAAGGAGCACUAGCUUGGUGGCCUUUCAAGUGCUCUUGAAUUUUACCUAAUAUUUACUGAAGUAAUGCCCUAUUUACUUUUUACUCUGUCAUUUUCAUUUUCCUGAGGACCAUAAUUUGUCAGUUGCUGACUUUUGCUUUCAUUUCAGAAUUUUAAAUGAUUUGUAAAUUACUCCAAUGUCUGGCUGGAGUUUCCGAACAGCUGUUUAGUUCUUUCUUCUGUCUGCAAUAAUUUCUACUUAUGUUAAUACCUGCUUUCCUCAGUUUUUAAUGGAAUAGUUCACUCAAACAAAUUGUCAUCAUUUAUUCACCCUAAUGUUGUUCCAAUCCCAUAUGAAUUUUUGUCUUCCAUGGAAAAUAAAAAUAGGUAUUAGGACAGUUUUCAGUCGCCAUUUACUUUCAUUCUAUUGGGGGGGGGGGUGUAACCUCUAACAAUGGCCAACAUAUCCUGUGUUCAGUGGAAGAAAGUAAGUCAUACUGGUUUGGAAUGACAUGAGGGUGAGUAAAUUACAAUGUUAAUUUUGGACUGAACUAUCACUUUAAGCAUCAGUGUAUAUGUAUUGUUAGUUUUGUUGCUGAUUUGAGUGGCAAUAAGAUGGCCAGUUAUUUGUUUUUGG